UUUCUCCCAGUCAGACCACCGUCCUACCUAGAAACCAAUUAAUCCCUGGUCAUUGCUCCAGUUCUGAAGCAGUACUUUUUGGGACACCACACAGACGAAUUCUCUCCAGGAAAAUGAAGACUAUCCUUUUGUGUACUUUUGUCGUUGCUGCAUUAAUUGGUGCGCUGAGGGCCGAGGACUGUACGGUGGUCGGUGGCUGUAUAGACACGGUCUGUAACCACCACACCAACCUGGAGUGUGUCCACGGCAUCUGUACCUGCUCACUCCCACCCUACGAUAUUCAUUGUUUGGAUAAAGGAGACUGUGACCGCCAUUCCUAUACCUGCACCACAGAAUGGAAGUGUAUCAACCAGAAAUGUCGAUGUGACAAUUAAUACUUGUAUACCUUCAACAUCUACAAGCGAUAGUAGUGAAUCAAAUGUUACAGAUUUCGUCAUCAGAUUAAACAACUGAACAAUU